GGAAUUCAAAGCACAUCAAGGCAGAGAGGAAGGCUUAUAUAUAAUUAGUGGAGUUACACUGGAAACGAGCAGCAGUGUAAGCAGUUUGUGUCCGGGAGAUGGUGCUGAUGACCUUCAAGGGCCCAGCAUUGUCUCUGAACAAGCAGUAGGCAGGCAAGGAAAUGAAGGCUGUAAUGGCUCAAGGGAAGAAAUAGGUAUUUGUGAAGGACCUUCUCCUAGGGAAGGAAGGCAGGGCUCUGCUGCAGAAGACACUGCUAACCCCAGCAAAGACAGUGCACUCAGUCUAGAUGUGUCUGAUGUCUUUGAUGAGUCUGUGAACAGGGAGAUCCAUAACACUUGCAUGCUGGGCCUGGAUAAUGUAAGUACCUGCAGCACUAACAGCGAGGAAAUGGAUGACAACUUAUCCCACAUCCUGGGAAGUAACAGCAGUCUCUAUAAAGCGGUGCAGAAGCCAACAAAGAAUGAGAAUAGUGGGAAAGCUUCCAGGUUUUUAGUAUUCUCAAAAAUGACAUCUUUCAGGAAAACUAAGCCUGCCACAGCAGAAAAUCAGGGAACUAGCAGUUUCUUUGGCAGCAAGGCAAAGACAGAAGAGCUGGAAGCUGGGAAAGAUGAUGAAGACACUGCAAGUUUACUGUCUUUGAAAAGCUGUCCAUCUGGUUUAGUCUUCCAUAGGAAGGAAAGUUACACUUCAGAGUACUCUGAUGAUGAUGAUUUAUUCUAUGAGAGACCCCCAGGAUUAUUCAACAGAUUGAGCCUGAGGAAGGCCUCUGGCUCUGGUCGGAUACUGAUGGAAGACACAGAUAUGAAUUCAACUUCUCCCUGUUUGGGGCCUGUCAAACAUGCAGAUCGACAUGUUUCAGGUUCAUCUGAAAACAAUGAUGGUGAACCUGUGGAGCACUCUGGGAUUAGAAAAUCAUUCCCUGAAAACGAAUACAAAAGGAACAAAACCCCUGAGGGCAAGAAGUUCAAGACAAGGUUGGCCUUGGCACACAAAUCCCUCUCAAGCUUAUUUGAGUCGAGAUCUACAGAAAAGGAAAACACUGAGCAAAGUUCGAGAGUAUCACUGAAAAAUGAAAAGGAGAAAGCCAAACUUCGCCAGAGCACCUGGAAAGCUUUUCUAAAAAGCAAGGAGGCAGAUGGACUAAAAAGGCCUGUCUUAGCAAGUUUAUUACCGACACAGGAGGGUCUGAGUGCAAGUGGUGGCCACGUGAUGAGAACACCAGUAGAACGACAGGGUAGUUCCAAUGGACACACGUUUUUUAAAACAGAAACAGAUAGUGGCUCCAACUAUUUUGACAACUCUGUGGAACCUGUUGAUGUCUCUUCACCUGCAGGUAUGUGGAGAAGACGAGUACAGUCCCAUGAUUUGGGCAUUAAAUACUCACAGAGUUCUGACUGUGAUGAGCAGCAGGAGGUUCUCAGCAACAGUUUAAAUACUUCCCUAGAGGAAUACUGGAUGAAAUCUCCAUUUAGCCCCACUGACUUGCAGUUGGCAUUUAGUCAGUCAAGUCCAUCAUGUCCCCACCACUCAAAUUCUGAUGGUAAAGACAUGCCUUGUAGGCCCAUGAGUCCUAAACCGCAGAGUCCGCGAUCCACUUCUCACCAGAGGACCUUCCGUUAUCCUGGAAGAGUAUGUGCCACUUCGAUGAUUUCUCUUGGGAACAGUCCUGGAGUUGAAAGCAAUUUGGAGGCUCCUGAGAGACCAAAGACAUUGAAACCCAGAGGUAGUCUCUUACUUUCUGUGCAGUCAUUGGACGCCGAAUACCAAAGGGAUGACAGUGGCAUAAGCAGUCAAUCCCAGAUCAGCUUAAAUACAGCUUCUUCCAUUAGUGAUAUGCUCCAAGAUGAGGAGUCUAGACAGCAAUGCCAAACUGCACCUGAAAAGAGGCCAAAUAAGAAAUGGGUUCCCCAUCGCAAAAGGAGGCCCCCCUGGGUCCCACCAUCCCCUCGCCCUGGCUCCACCCUGGAGAGCAAAGCCUGGAGGCUUUCCUGCCUUGCUCCAGAUGGAAAAGCUAAGGAGAUUCCAGAAAGGAGGAGGAAGAGACCUAAACCCCUCUAUAAGUGCUUCAGCUUCGAUGAUGUUUGGAUGGAGAGGAACCAAAAAAGGAAACUAGAGAAGGAGACACAGCCAGAGAGAGGGGCUCAAUCGCAGCAUCUCCCAGGGGACCCGUUAAAAGCUGGAAUAAGUCCAUCCAUCACAUCUGCUGUUGCCUUUGACAUCCUGCCACUGAAACUGCACCCAUUUUCGCAGAGCACUCCGACAGGCCUGGACUGCGUGGGCUGGAAACGGCGCAUCUCCGCUCCUGUGAUCGCUGACGGGGCCCUGGAUAAGACGGCUCUGACGGACGAUGUGGGAAGCGAGGAGGACCUGUACGAGGAUUUCCGGAGCUCCAACCACCGCUACGGCCACCCCGGGGGCGGCGGGGAGCAGCUGGCCAUCAACGAGCUCAUCAGCGAUGGCAGCGUGGUGUACGCAGAAGCCCUGUGGGACCACGUCACCAUGGAUGACCAGGAGCUGGGAUUCAAGGCCGGCGAUGUCAUUGAAGUGAUGGAUGCGACCAACAAGGAGUGGUGGUGGGGGAGGAUCCUGGACAGUGAAGGCUGGUUUCCAGCCAGCUUUGUUCGGCUGCGGGUGAACCAGGAUGAGCCCAUGGAAGAUUAUCCCCUGAAGGUGGAGGGGGGCAGGGAGGACGAAUCCCGACGCUUCGGGAUGGGCCAGACCACCAAAGACCAAAUGAGGACCAACGUCAUCAACGAGAUCAUAAGCACAGAGAGAGACUACAUCAAGCACCUGAAGGACAUUUGUGAGGGCUACAUUAAGCAGUGCCGCAAGAGAGCUGACAUGUUUACAGAGGAACAGCUGAAGACAAUCUUUGGGAAUAUUGAGGACAUCUACAGGUGCCAGAAGAAAUUCGUUAAAGCACUAGAGAAGAAAUUUAACAAAGACCACCCACAUUUGAGUGAGGUUGGCUCAUGUUUCUUGGAAUAUCAAACAGAGUUUCAGAUCUACUCCGAGUACUGCAACAACCACCCCAACGCCUGCAUGGAGCUGUCCCGCCUCACCAAGGUCAACAAGUACGUUUACUUCUUCGAGGCCUGCCGGCUGCUGCAGAAGAUGAUCGACAUCUCCCUGGACGGGUUCCUGCUGACCCCCGUGCAGAAGAUCUGCAAGUACCCCCUGCAGCUGGCUGAGCUGCUCAAGUACACCAACCCCCAGCACAGGGAUUUUAAAGAUGUCGAGGCUGCCUUAAACGCCAUGAAGAACGUCGCCCGGCUCAUCAACGAGAGGAAGCGGCGGCUGGAGAACAUCGACAAAAUUGCUCAGUGGCAGAGUUCCAUAGAGGACUGGGAGGGUGAAGAUGUCCUGGUCAGAAGCUCAGAACUCAUCUAUUCCGGGGAAUUAGCCAAAAUCUCCCACCCUCAAGCCAAGAGCCAGCAGAGGAUGUUCUUCCUCUUCGAUCACCAGCUUGUCUGCUGCAAGAAGGACCUUCUGCGCCGGGACAUUUUGUAUUAUAAGAGUCGGAUCAACAUGGAUGACAUGGAAAUACUGGAUGUAGAAGAUGGGAAGGACAAGGACUUCAAUAUCAGUGUGAAAAAUGCAUUUAAGCUGCACUGCCGAGACACUGAGGAAGUCCACUUAUUCUGUGCAAAAAAGCCUGAGCAGAAACAGCGCUGGCUGAAGGCGUUUGAGAACGAAAGGAGGCAGGUGCAGCUCGACCAGGAGACAGGUUUUUCAAUCACCGAGGUGCAGAAGAAGCAGGCCAUGCUGAAUGCCAGCAAGCAGCACCACGCUGGGAAACCCAAGGCUGUCACCAGGCCCUACUAUGACUUCCUGAUGCGGCAGAAGCAUCCCACCCUGCCCACCACGCUCCCUCAGCAGCAGGUCUUCAUGCUGGCAGAGCCCAAGCGCAAGCCCUCGAACUUCUGGCAGAACAUCAGCAGGCUGACGCCCUUCCGGAAAUAGGGGCAGCCCCACGUUUGUGCCUGAACCUCUUCUGAGAAAGCACUUUACCCGUCAGUCCUGGGAGGUGGAGCCCAGGUUCUUCCACUCCUUUGUUUACGAGGAUGGCACAUGUGCUCCUGCCUUCCCUAUUUAUUUUGCAGCCCGACUGACCACGCUGGUUCCGAGGCGAGACACUGCGUGUGCAUUUGUGCCGUGGAGCCAGCCUUGCACAGCGCCCACGAGGCAGAGCUCCAGGAGGGGCUCACAGGAGGGAGCCUGACACGCUUCAGCUGAAGAGAUUUUGCUUGUCAGCUGUAGAUGGACUCACUCCUUCCCACUGUGCCCACCACUGCUGUCUGGCAGCUGUCAGAGGGGGUGGCAGCUGACAGACCCACUGCCGUGCUCAGAACGACAGUUCAGUCACUGACGUGACACACUGGCCGUGGAGGGACAAACCCUUCUGCUCUGCCCCCUGCCCCACGUUUCUCAGAGACAUGAUCCUCCUACACAGGCCCAACUAACUCAGCCUCUGCAGGCCCUCAGACAGACACAGUGAGUACAGCACUGUGACCUCUUCUUUCCUCUAGUCCAACACCACUGGUGAACGGUAUCGUACAUUAAACUGUGCCAACCUGCAGCAUGAGUCAAGUUCAAGAAUCUCUCUAGUGGGUUUGAGUUACAUAAGUUAGAAAAAAAUGUGCCUAAUUAAUACCAUACUCAAUUCCUUAGAUUCUCGUCUCUCCAUCAUUCUGCCAUAUUUCCUGGCCAAUGAAAAUGCUCAUUGUUUGUAAUGUGUUUAUUUAUGGUAAAAAUCAGAACUGUGUAUUUUGUAAGUCUGUAAUUGUUCUUGUCAGAUGUUGUUAACUUGAUGCCUGUUUUGUCUGUUUAAUUUUUCUUUUUUUUUUUAAAAAAAGGUCAAUAUUUGCAAACCCGGCUCCCAGAAGUCAGAGUCUGCUGUUCAACUCUGAAACACAAUUGUUAUGCAAACUCCCACAGACCUUCUCAAAUUCAAGGCGUGUUACUGACACUUUUAAAAAAUGGAAAACCACUUUAAAAAGGCCUAAAUUUGGCAUAAGGAGCCUCAUUUAAGUACCCAAGUUUCAAACUGUGGCCAAAAAGAAUUAAUUUGAACCUUGGUUAGCAAAAGGAAAGAUUUGCCUUACCAUAGCAAGAGUUAGAAGCCAUACUGACUGAAUUCCCUAGUUUAGGAGACAUCCCGUGACAGUGGAAGGAAGAUUCCUACUCAUUCCAACUCGACGCUGUGUGAGUGAGCACUAACUGUCUGCAGAGCUCAGAAAUCCAGUGUUUGUUGAUGCUGUAGCUGACCAAAGUCUGGUCACCCAGGGAUAUCUGAAUUCAGUAGCAUGUACAAAGUCCUUCUUGCACUAUAUCUUCCCCCCAGACCAGGGGCAACAUUUAAUUUCAUAAAGAAACUUGUAAAAGUGA